AUGAACGACGGGGUGUGUGAACCUCUCGCCGUCCCCAUCGCGAGGUCUUAUCCCAUUACGACUGUACAAUUUCUUGUCACAGGCGGGUUAGUCACGUGCCCUUGGGGCUCAGAAGUUGCCGGUGCACCCAGCGCGGCUUAUGCGAAGCGACAGCCGGAGAGUGCGACGAACUGGAUGGAUACAACAUCAUGCCAAAUGCCAUGA